AAAAGUUAUGUGUAAUUAAAUGUAAAUUGGUAUUAUAAAAAUUUUAUAAUUUGUAUCAUAAAUAUAUAAAAAUAAUAGAAAUAAAAAUAACAACAUACACGAAUUUGGUGAAAAUUUGAAUUAUCAUUUAUUAUUAUUAUUCACUUAUUAUCAUUUUAAAAAUUAUCUUUCAUUAUAAUUAAUUAACUUCAUUAAUUUAAUAACGGUAAUAAUAACUAUUUUAAUAGUUAACGGAAACUCUUGAAGAAUAAAAGGGCAGGUUGCGCACUUGUCUCGAACGAAAGUGUUCCCAUUCAAAAGUGGUUCGUCGUGCAUGAUACAUGUAUAUACAUUGUCAAGUUAAAUAAUAAUAGCAGAUAAUUAUAAAUUUUGUACCACUGUUUAAAAAAAAAUAAAUAUAUAUAAAUAAUAAUUUUGCUGAUCAUAAUAAUGUGGCUCGUAUCUUUGAUAUAAAUAAAUGUGCAAAUAAAUAAAAUUAGUAUUGUGAGUGGAAAACAAAUUUAGUAAAAGAAAUAUAUUUUUAAUAUUAAAAUAAAUAAAAAUUAUUAUUGUGACUGGAAUACAAAUUUCAUUCCACAAGAACUAUAUUUUUAUUUCGACUAAAAAUGCAAAUUUUAAAUUGUAAAUUCACUAGAUUGUUAAAAAAUACUGUCAAACAAUCAAAUAAUAUUAUAAAAACAUUAGAAACUUUGACAACAGAAGUUGAAGAGCAAGAUUGGUCACGGUGUCGUCCUUAUUCCGAAAUUCCUGGACCUAAACCUAUUCCACUUUUAGGCAACACAUGGAGAUUUAUACCGUUUAUAGGUGAUUUCAAAAUACAGGCAGUGGAUCAAGUAUCAAAAAAAUUAUACAAAGAAUUUGGAGAUAUUGUAAAAAUAGAAGGUCUAUUAGGCAGACCAGAUAUGGUAUUCAUCUAUGAUGCAAAUGAAAUCGAACGUAUUUUCAGACAAGAAGAGAGAAUGCCAUACAGACCUUCCAUGCCUUCGUUAAAUUACUACAAACAUGUGCUUAGAAAAGAAUUCUUCAAAGAAAAUGCCGGCGUGAUUGCUGUACAUGGUGAGAGUUGGUACAAUUUCCGCAGUAAAGUGCAACAAGUAAUGUUACAACCGAGAACUGCAAGAAUGUACAUUACUUCUAUGGAAGAGGCAAGCUUAGCGUUUCUUGAAAGGAUCGAGAAAAUACGUAAUAAGAAUGACGAAGUACCUGAUGAUUUUCUAAAUGAGAUUCAUAAAUGGUCACUGGAAUCUAUUGCGCGUGUAGCAUUGGACGUUCGACUCGGUUGCUUGGACGAUGACGCUAACAUAGAAACUCAACAAUUAAUCGAUGCGGUUAUCACGUUCUUUAAGAACGUAGGAAUAUUAGAAUUAAAAAUCCCAUUCUGGAAAUUAUUUAAUACUCCUACGUGGUUGAAAUACGUGAAUGCUCUCGAUACCAUAUUGAGUAUAACGUCUAAAUAUACAACGAUAGCUCUUUCGAGGACAAAAGAAGCAGAGAAAUCUGACAAAGAACCGUCUCUGCUGGAAAGAGUUUUAGCACUAGAAAACGAUACGAAAUUAGCUACGAUACUUUCUCUUGAUUUGUUCUUAGUUGGUAUCGAUACGACGUCCAGCACAGUUGCAUCAACGCUCUAUCAAUUAGCAUUGCAUCCUGAUGAGCAAGAUCGUGCUUACAAUGAAGUGUGCAGCAUCCUUCCGGACAAAGAUGUGCAACUCGAUGGGAAACAUUUGGAUAAAUUGAAAUAUUUAAAAGCAUGUAUUAAGGAAACGUUAAGGAUGUAUCCGGUAGUUAUCGGCAAUGGACGAUGCAUGACCAAAGAUACAAUGAUCAAAGGGUAUCGCGUACCAAAAGGCGUUCAAGUGGUCUUUCAACAUUACGUCAUAAGUAAUCUUGACAAGUAUUUUCCACAUAGCGACAAGUUCCUUCCAGAGAGAUGGUUUCAAAGUGACGGUGUGCGUCAUAGCUUUGCCUCACUUCCGUUCGGUUACGGAAGAAGAAUGUGUCUUGGUCGACGUUUCGCUGAGCUCGAGAUGCUUGUUGUAAUCAGUAAAGUAAUUAGUUUUGAUAAUUAUUUUAUUUAUUUUUAUCAAUACGUUAUAUUUGCUCAUUCCAUAAUUUCGAUUUAUUUUUCUCAACUUGCGAUAUUUCUCAAUUUCAACGUAUUUAAUCCUUUAUUAACUAAAAAAGUAUAAUAUUAUUAAUUAAUAUAAUAUAAUUAAAAUUAAAAAUAACUUAAUCUUCAUUUGAAAGUGGUAAAGAAAAAAGAGUAGGGUUUCAUUGUUUUAUGACCACCUGGUUAAUGCUUACCUUUAAGUAUAGUUACCGUUAGUUUGUCAAGCUAUUAUUACAGUAAAUGCUCAUGGACAAUGAACAACUUGGCCAGCUGGAUUUAUACGAUGUACCUAUCUUUUAUCUUACAUUUUGUCACGGUACUCUGUAGAAUUACUUGAAGUGUAUGGGAUUUGAACAUAAGCUUCUUUUCUUUUUUCUUUUCUUUUUCUAUUUCAACUUAAAAGAAUUCAAGUUUCAUUAAGAAUUAACAAUAAGAAAAUAUUUUUAUUUGUGAAAAAUUUCAAUUCCAUCUAAAUGUUAAUAAACAUAUUGAUAUAAAAAAAAAUAUAAUGCAAGAAAAAUAUUUACAUGUUAUAUCAUAGAUACUAAAGCUUCUUAUACAUAAAUGACAAAUACUCCACAUAAAAUUUUAAGUUUACAGAUUUUCUUUACAGAUAAUAAAAAUAAAAUUAAUAUUAAGAUAUUAUAUAUAUCUAAGUUAUCUAAUAUAAUAAAUUAAUUAUCUCUCUAUUUUAUGAUUCUUCUCUUUAAUGAUUCUAUGAAGAGAAAAGGAAUAUUAAAAAGUAUCGAAUAUUUCAAUUUAUAUUCUUCGCGGGAUUGCACAAACCAUCGUAAGCUAUGCGCAUGCGUAUCCAUUUAAAAUUCGGUAUAGGUUUAUCUUUUAUUUAUGGCGGAUGGUUAUAAAUAUAAUGAGCUGCAUCAUAAUUUUUCUGGUAAUAAUUUGAACAAAAAAAAAUUUUUGGAUUGAAACAUCGUAACAAAUAUAUUUUUAGAAUUUCCUUGCAUUUUAUGCUCACAUUUGUAUUUCUUUGUUGGCUAUUGAAAUUAGGAUAUAGUUCAAAUAAAUAUGCUAUUUAAAAAAUAGAAAUUAUCUAUAAAAAAUAAAUGAAAUUGUUUUUUUAAAUGUUUAUUUAGAAAAAAAAUAUAGAAUGAUUUUUAAUAGUAUUCAAUAUAUUUUUAACAUCAUAGAAUAAUUUUUAAUAACAUUUCUUUUUUUUUAAAGAAAUAUUAUGACUUCUAUAUUUCAUUUUUAUAUGAUAUUAUAAUUUAAAAUUUAAUUAAUUAUCAAGCACGUAAUAUGGGUAUUUGCUUGUAAUAAUGUUAUUGACAAUUUUUUAUUUCAGAUUUUACAACGUUACAAAAUUGAAUAUCAUCAUGAGAAAUUAGAGUAUUAUAUAAAUCCUAUGUACACGCCUAAAGGAUCCUUAAAUUUAAAAUUUAUUGAUAGGUAAUGUAUCAAUUUAUAUACAAAUAUUAAUAUACAAAAAUUAAUAGUAAUACGUUAAUAAUAAUAAAUAUUAAUAUAAAAGAAA